AUUUUUCACAGACACGGAGAGAGAGAUGGGUAGUGGUGGUGGUGGUGCUGAGGAGGUGACGGUGGUGGAGAACAGAGAAUGGUAUUUAGCUGCCUAUGCACCAGAAGGUGUCCCAACUUCUGAUCAUCUAAAACUACGCACUGUGAGCUUCUCUCUCUCUGCUGUUGCAAUCCCAGAUCAACACGUGGCUCUUCAGCUCCUCUAUAUCUCUCUUGAUCCAUAUCUACGUUCCAGAAUGUCCGGCCAUGAAGAUGGGCUCUACGCUCCUCAGUUUCCCCUCAAUAAGGGAAUAGAAGCAUUCGGGAUGGGAAGGGUAAUUCGGUCCAAGGACAUCAAAUUCACUGAGGGUGAUAUUGUUAUUUACCCUUUUUCUCCGGUGGCUGAAUAUAGCGUAGUACCAUCCACUUUCCUUCAAAAAGUUGAUCCAACGGUUGGGAUUGCAUUACCGGAUUACCUUGGUUGCUUCGGUGUACCUGGGUUCGCUGCAUGGGUGGGAAUAGAGGUACUUGGGAAGCCUAAGCCAGGAUCAAAUGUCUUUAUCUCGGCGGCCGCCGGAGGUGUCGGAAUGUAUGCCGGACAAUUGGCAAAACUCAAAGGGUGUCGAGUUAUAGGAAGCACCGGCUCUGACGACAAGGUGAAGCUGGUAAAGGAGGAAUUUGGAUACGAUGAUGCAUUCAAUUAUCACACAGAGACAGAUUUCAAUGCUGCUUUAAGCAAGUAUUUCCCUAAUGGCAUUGAUGUUUACUUUGACAACGUUGGUGGUAACAUGCUUGAGGCUGUCCUUAACCAUGUCAACAAUGGCGCCCGAAUACCAGUUUGUGGGAUGAUAUCUCAAUACAGUAAGAUUUGGACAGAGAGGGAAGGGGUCAGGAACCUACUGAAUUUGGUUGGUAAAGAAGUGAGAGUGGAAGGUUUUAUGAUCGGUUCAUAUCUACAUCGCUUCGGGGACUUUGCAAAAGAGAUGCAGGGUUACAUAAAGGAAGGGAAGAUCAGUUUCAAACACAAAAUCUACCAUGGUAUUGAGAGCUUCUUGGAGGGCAUAGCUUCCAUGUUCUCCAGCACAAAUACUGGAAAAGUUAUUCUUCAAAUUUAGCACAUGGUUUGAAGAUUAGCACUCAUUAUCUUUAAGGUUUUAUAAUAAUUGUGGGUCUAUUUGUUCUGCUCCAUGACAAAUGCUCCAUAUAAGAGCCAUGGCACACUAUCAAUUUGGGAUAAUACAGACCAAUUAUUAAUAUAAUUAUAAAAAUAUUGAGUUCUGCCUCUUAUUAAUUCGUCUGUAUCCAAAAUCCUCUUACAAGAAGAAUUGUGUUAUGAAUUAAU